CUUUAAACGAUUUAAAUUUCCGACACUUCCGUCAUUCUCGAUUUCCUUCUUUGAAACUUAUACACUUUAACCUCUUUCUUGUUUUUUUUAUAUAUUUAUUUAUUAUUAAAUUUAUUUUUAUUUUUUUAUUUUUAAUUAUUUUUAAAAGAAAAUAAAAAAUGGUUGAUCGUCUUGUUCGUUUACGUUCUGUUUGUUCACCAACAAAUUCCUUUGAUUCUUUUCGAAGUACUCAUUUACGUAUUGGAGAUAUUAUUUCAUUAUAUGCACCUGAUUCGAAAGGGGAAAAUAAUAACAUUUGUGGUCAUGAAGGAUUUUUGUCAACUUUAGGUUUGGUAGAUGAACGUUGUGUUGUUGUAGAAGGACAUGGAAAUUUACAAUCACCCCCAGAAACAUUUAGAGAUUGUCUUUUCCGUAUAUGUCCAAUAAAUAGAUAUUCAGCACAAAAACAAUUAUGGAUGGAACAAAAAAGAUUACAAUAUUCAAAUUCAAGUACUUCUUCAGAUUCUUUUAUAGAUGAGGAAAUGUUAAUUAGAGUUGAAAUUGCUGCAGAAAAGGAAAGAGAACAAAAUAGAAAUGAUUAUACAAAAAUGUUAGGGAAUAUAGUUCAAUAUGGUUCUUCAAUCCAACUUUUACAUGUAAAAUCAGACAAAUAUUUAACAAUGCAAAAAAAUUCCCCAGCACGUCAAGAAAGGAAUGCAAUGCGUGUUUAUUUAGAUAAAUUAGGAAAUGAAGGUUCUUGGUUUUUUGUUGAGCCUGCUUACAAACAUGUUUCUUUGGGAGAUAAUGUAAUGUCUGGUGAAAGAAUUACUUUAGUUUCUUUUACUUCGAAUAAUUCAAACAUUUCUUCUGUUGGCCCAAAACUUCAAUUACACCUUUCUAAUCACAGAUUAACUGACCACAAAAAUUGUUGGGAAGUUAAUUGUUUAAAUGAACAAACGGAGUGGCAAGUUUGUGAAAUUGUUUUUCGAAAAAUAUUUGUUUUUAAGGCACAUGUUUUUCUUCAAUAUGACGAAAAUAUGACAGAAAAUGUUAAAUCAGGAGAUGUUCUUCGUUUAUUUCAUGCCGAUCAACAAACAUUUUUAACAUUAGAUUCUGAACCUAAAAACAUUCAGAAUGAUCGAGUAUUUCUUAGAUUAACUAAUAGACCGUCUGCAACUGAUGCAACAUCUUCUCGCGCCCUUUGGGAAAUUCAAGUAUUUAAUAGAGAAAUGCCUUUACGUGGGGGAGCUUUAACUUGGAGAAAAUUUGUCCGUUUCAAACAUUUGGCAACAGACCAAUAUUUAACUGUUGUUCCAAUUGAUAAAGAAAUAAAAAAUAAUGAAGAAUUAAUUAAUAAAAAGGGAAAUAAUACUAAAAAUAACAAUAUUCUAUCUUAUAAUUCAACAACUUUUAUUCAAUUCCGUUCAAUACCUUCACAGCCAGAAACAGAAAAUCCAACAUAUAUUUUAAUACCAAAAAGAUCAGAAGAUCCAUGUAGAGAUGAGGAUAUUCUUUUUAUGUUAGAUCCUUGUACUAAAGUUCAAACUAAGGAAUCUCGAGUACCAAUUAAUUCAUAUGUUCGUUUCCAACACGUAAAGACAUGUACUUGGUUGCAUUCAACUAAUCCUCAACUUAAAUCGAAUCUUUAUUAUUCAAGUAAAAAUGAAAAAGGAUGGGUUAAGGUAAUUUGUGAGCCAUUUAAAAUAGAUAAAGAAGCUUUUUCACUUUCGCCUGUUGUUCCAAACGAAGUUAGAGAUUUAGAUUUUGCCAAUGAUGCUUGUAAAGCUUUACAUCAAUUUGUGGAUUUAAUUAAAAGUGGAAAACAAAUUUGUAAAGAAAUAAUUAAAUCAACAACCCAAUUAUUAAUUGACUGUAUUUAUUUUGUUACUGGAAUCCAACAAAAUAAUCAAAUAAUGAUUGAUCCUCUAAAAAUUUUAAAUUUCGAGCCUUUGAGGGAUCGACAAAAAUUAUUAAGGGAACAAGGAGUUCUUGCACAAAUAUUUGAUUUACAGAAAGCUCCCUUCCUUCCAAGACAGGGAAUAGGGGAAUUGUCAUAUUCUUUACUUUUAUAUUCUCAAUGUGGUUAUCGUAAAAAUCAAGAAUUUUUAGCUGAAAAAUUUGAUCAUAUUCAAGAACAUAUUGGAUUUAAUUUAUUAGCUGAAGAAACUAUGACUGCUGUUUUACAUAAUAAUCCUAAAUUGUUAGAGAAAUAUGUUAAAAUACCUCAUGUUGAACGUUUUGUUGAACUUGUGAGAAAUAAUCGUUGUGGUAAAUUUCUUUUUUAUUUGGCCGAUCUUUGUGUAUGUCGCGGGGAAGCUAAUAAGAAAAUUCAAGAAUUAAUAUGUAAUUGUGUGUUAAAUGAAAAAAACAGAGAAAUAUUUAUGUUAACAGAAAAACGUUUAAUUUCUUCUCCUCAAAAUAAUUUUGAAGUCUAUAUUUGUUGGGGCUAUUCUGGUUCAAAAUGUUCACCUUUAGUUAAUUGCUCUAAUUUAAUUGCUGAAGAAGAUGAAAAAGAAAUGUUUGAUUAUUACAAACAUCAAUUAGAAUUAUUUGCACAAUUAUGUCAAGACCAACAAUAUUUAGCUAUAGACCCUCCACCUGAAAGGAAAUUAUUAAAUAUAAGUCAACAACUUCCUGUUGAUUUAGUUAUUAAAUGUAUUUCUGAUUCUCGUCUCCCUUUUGAUAUUCGGGCCUCUUUUUGCCGUUUAAUGCUUCACCUCCAUGUUGUAAGGGGUUCACCUGUUCCAGCUGUAAGACAUGCACGUUUAUGGAGGGAUAUACCAGAGAAAGUUUUUAUUAAAAAAUAUCACAGUUCAGCUUUAGAAUCUUACAAAAAUGAAAAUACUUCAAUGGAUUCUAAUAGGGGACAUAUGCCUGUAAUUGAAUUUCAUCAAGAAAUUCUCGAAACUGUCCAAAAUUAUUUAUUAGAAUUAUGUAAUUUAAAUAAUGGACACCAACCAAUACUUAAUGAUUUGCCUGAAUAUGCUGACCAAAAUAGAUUAACAUAUGAAGUUAUUAAUUUAGCUAAAGCAUUAGCCCAAUUUGGAUUUUAUGAUUUUGAACAAAUGCUUGAAUUGACACAAUAUUUAUUAAUUAUUGUGGAUAGUUGCCCUUCUCAAAAAGAGAAUAAUAAUUUAAUUAAUAAUAAUUCAAAAAUAAAAACACAUACAAAAUUAAUUAGACAAAUAUCUAAAUUUACUUCUAUAACUACAACAAAGAAUGAUGAAGAAAAUAAUAAUGAAAUUGCUAAUUUAAUAAAAAAUAAUUUGUCUUCUACACCCACAAUUAACAAUAAUACUAAUAAUUAUUCAAAACCUCCUCCAAAUACUUUAGAAAUUCCAAUAACAAAAACAAUAAUACAAAAACAAUUUAAUAAUAACACAAAAGAUUUAACUGAAGUCUCGACAAAUUCAAAACGUUCAAGGGAAAUGCUUUUAAAAACUAAAUUAAUUGUUGUUGAAUUAAUUGAUUUUAUUAUGGAUGUUAGAAGAGAUUUUCGAGUAACAAAAGCACUUUCAUUCUACAAAAAUUUAUUGUCUUCUUGCAAUGAAAAUGGCGAAAUAAAGGAAACACCAGUUAUUUCAAAAGAAUUAAUUGAGCAAUUAUCUCGUUCUGUAUUUAUUGACUCAGAAAAAGAAUUAGAUAUGGAUAAAUAUAAGGGUCAACAAUUAUUAAGAAUUUUACUUCAAAUGACAAUGAUAGAGGAUUUUCCUCUAUUAACUAGCACAGCUUUAAAAUUAUUAUUUAGACAUUUUAGUCAAUUUCAAGAAUUAAUUGAAGACAUGAAACAAAAUUACCAUCAAGUAGACAGAGAUUUAUUUAUUUUAAAACAAUUAACUGAGAAAAGCGAACUUUGGGUACAUUACGGAACACAAUUAGACGGGUCUUCAACAACUAGCUGUUCUUCCCCUUCAAAUCCCAGUCAAGAUCGUUCAGACGACGAUUUUAUACACGAAACAACUUUGUCUGUCCCUUCUAUUGAAACUUUACAAGAAAAAGUUUCGAUUGGUUUAGCUUCAAUUGUUAAUGGAGAACAACAACAACCACAAAAAUAUUUAAAAGAAACUUCUACAGGAAAUGAAUCCCCAACAACUAAAAGGCGUAAAACUUUAAAAAGUAUUCGAAAUAGUGCUGGAAUAUUACAACAAUCAUCACCACAAUCUUCAAUAGUUAAAAGCGGUCCUGCAGCAGCAAUUGCUAUUUUACAACAAUAUUAUCCAAAAUUAGCACGUCAACCAAAUCAAUUAGCUUCUAUUGGACUUUUGUUGACAGGUACAACAACAGAUAAUGAUGGUAAUCAACGAAAUAAAGCAGAAAUUAGCAAUACUCUUCAUUCAAUAAUGGAAAAAGCCCCUCUUAUUUGUUAUUUACUUGUUAAAGAAAUUAUCGUUCGAAUGAAAGAUUUAUGUUUUUCUUGUGCUGCAAGUAAUUAUCGAAAUCAGCAAUUAUUACGUAAUAUGCUUGUUUAUGAAGUUAUUUUGCAAUUUCUUUGUAUUCCUUUUGACCGAAAAAAUGACAAUGAAAUGCCAAAACUUUUAACUUUAAGUCAUGAAUUUUUGAGAUCUUUUUGCAAAAAUAAUAAAGAAAAUCAGUCAAGACUUUAUAUCCAUAUUGCUCCAAUUGAAGGUGGAGGAGGAGGAGGAAGUAGUAGUGGGGGAGGAGGAGGAGGGAAUACAGAACAACAACAACAAAGACAUGAAGGAGGGAAACUUUCCGUUGAAACGGUUCAAGACUGUGCUACAAUAGUUUCAAUAUUUAGAGGAAAUUCAGAAUUAUGUGAACAUGUUUCUGAACAUUUUAUUGGGCAUAUUGUUAAUUUAAUAGAAAAUAAACAAAGAAAUUCUAUAUUUCUUGAAUUAUUACAAGUAAUUGUUUCGUCUUGUGAAAAAGGAUUGGAUUUGUGUCAAAAUAAAGUUGUUGAUGAAAUUGGUAAAGCAGCUGAAGAUGUUCGACAUUUUUAUGUUGAUAGUGUUUCUUUUGAACAAUUAAUUGAAAUGAUGAAAAAAUCGAAUAUAUCAGAUCUGGAUUCUUCUCAUCCUUUACGUUAUCAUAUAGAAUUGGUUAGAUUAAUGGCUAUGUGUACAAAAGGGAAGAAUGCGGUAACAGAAUUAAAAUGUGCUUCACUUCUUCCAAUGGACCAUAUUGUCAGGGUUUUAACUUCAAAUUGUUGUAUUUUGGAAGUAAAGACUGUUUAUUUACAAUUUCUUCUUACGUGUUAUAUUGAAACUGAUUUAGAAUUAAAAGAUGCAAAUAAUUCAGAAUAUUUAGAAUUAAUUUUAAACGAAAUAAUAUCAGAUAUAGACAAAUUAAUAAUUAAAUUACAAUCAAUUGUAGGAGAAUAUUUAAAUAAUAAAUUACCUAAAGAGAUUUUAUUUUUGGAAAGAUUUGUUUGUCAAAUAAUUACAGAAGUUUUAAUUAAAUUUUUUGAAAAAACAAAUUAUGCACAAAGAGCAUUUAUUGAUAUUAAACAUCAUCGAAAAUUAUUUAUAACAAUUUUACAAAAAUUAAAUAAAUUACAAAAUUGUGUUUUUAAUGCUGCUGGUAGACGUCCACACAAUAAUUGGUAUAAAAUUGCUGAUUGUUCUGAAAGGCUAGCUAAAUUUGCAAAAAGUCGUUUUAUUAUUUUACCUGAAAAUUCUCUUUCCGUUCCUAACGGUAAUGAAAAUAAUAUUACUUCAUCAUCAACAUUACGAACAAUUACUGCCAGACAACGUUGGCAAAGUGCUAUAUUCUCUGCUCGUUAUUUUAGAAGAACUAGACACUCAAAAUCUCUACAUUCUCACUUAACUUCUUUAACUGCUGGUGAUGAACCAACAACAGUUGUAGCUUUAUAUCCUCGUUUAAUUAACGAAUUAAAUAAUUAUCUUUCUCCUUUACAAAAUGCAGAAAAUGCUGCUUUAGUUGAAAUUUUGAGAUUACCCGAAAAAUUAUGUUCUUCUAAUUCUUUGACUUCGAAUAAAUUUGAACCUUCUUGUCAUGGAAAAUUUGUUAAAUCAAUGUUAAUUAGGCAUUGUAAAUUACUUUUAGAAUCGAAAAGAAAUGAAUUAUGUGGGCGUGUACUCGUUACUUUAUAUAAAUUAGUUUCGAAUUUAAAACAAGAAUUUAAUGAAAAUGUAAAAGAAAUGCUUGGAGAAUUACUUUGUCGUUAUUUUGGGGAGGGGUCUGUACAGGGAUUAACUACAUUUAAUAAAUCAACAAAUUUUUCUAUAAAUAAUUUAAAUAAAGAGAAUAUAAAUAAAGGAGAACUAAAUCCAAAACAAGAAAAAACCCUUUACAAUAUGCAAUGUGAUUUAAUGGAUGCUGGAGCUGUUGAUUUAAUUAUAGAUUUAAUUGUUAUGGAACCCCCAUAUGAUAUAUUUAAAAAGAGUAUUCAAUUGGCUAAAGCUUUGCUGUUUGGGGGAAAUGAUAAAGUUCAAAUGGCAUUUUAUCAAAGAUUACAAGACGAUCAAAAAUUAGCCUCUCGCUUCUUUAAUGCUUUAAAAUUAAAAAUGCAAGCAGCACAAAAUCGAAUUAAAGCUGACAUUUUAAGUGGAACAUCUAAUGCUGGAAGGGCAACAACUAGUAAGUAAAUGUUUUUUAAUAGA